AUGGCAGAUCAGUACAGUAUACCAGCGACUCCGAGAGUUAUAUCACCGUCUCCCACGCCUUCCGAUGCGUCCGAGAGGCAGGACUCCUAUUUCGCUCCUGUCACACGAUCAGCUGCCAGGAAGCAGCGACAAAGGUCCCCUCAGCCAGGUACCAUUCAGGAAGAGAAGGAUGGCUCGGGAUCGGAUUCUAGUCUUGAGAAACGCGCUCGGACGCGCUCGAGGAGCCCCAUAUUACAGCCUGUCAAUGGCACCAUCGCAUCCGGACGCAACAGCAGGCGAAUGAGCGGCCUUCGCAGGAAAGGCUCGGUCGCCAAAUCACGCCCUCUUACCAAUGGCCACCUGCCAGAAGAGACACAAGAGUCAAAAGGCUUUCUAUCUCCAUAUGAUCGCGUCAAGAAGUCCUGGCGGGAGUUUUCGAGAUCGCCAUCACCCCUCGGCCUCAUCCCGCUCCAUCGGCAUUACCGGACCUUGAUUCACAAACAUGAAAUACCUCGAAAAGCGCUCCAUCUGUCUAUCGGCUUCCUGACCUUAGGGUUAUAUGUCAGUGGCACAGCAACCCGGUCUGUUGGGCCAUGGCUGCUGGGUGCACUGGGCAUCAUUGUUCCUGUCGAGGUCCUCCGCCACAGAUCGGAGGGGUUUAACCAGUUUUAUAUCAAGGUUCUUGGUGCUCUGAUGCGCGAAACCGAAGUUUCCGGCUAUAAUGGUGUCAUCUGGUACCUUGUAGGCGCUUACAUUGCCCUCACAUUCUACCCUAAAGACAUAGGUGUUGUUUCCAUCCUGCUUCUAAGCUGGUGUGACACGGCAGCCAGCACCUUUGGUCGACUAUAUGGCCGCUAUACCAUCAGAUUGAGGAAAGGAAAGUCCUUGGCUGGCACAUUGGCAGCAUUCCUCACAGGAGCACUGGCAGCAACCUUUUUCUGGGGGUGGCUUGCGCCUCGAACCGCGCCUCGAAUCAACGAGCCAGCCGACGCCUUCAUGUUCCAGGGUCAGCUGCAGCUGCCAUCAAACAUCAAGAAGAGUCUUGGCUGGAGUCAAAGCGAGGGCAUCAUUGAGGGCGCACCCGCAAUGGUCAUAAUGAGCCUGGUGACGGGACUCAUCGCGAGUUUGAGCGAAUUUGUCGAUAUCUUCGGUUGGGACGACAACCUUACGAUUCCUUUGUUAAGCAGCAUGGGCAUGUACGCCUUCCUAAAGAUGUUUGGAUGA